GAUCUAAAUAUGUCUCGUUCUCCAGGAUGCAUGUAUGGUAUUUCUCCAUUAUAACGUGCCAAAACAUCUGAGGCUCAUUUUCUUCCCAUUAUAUUUGUACUUGUGGUACAACAUAUCCCUUGCUUAUCAUUGUGUUGCCACAAUAUAAUACCGCGGCUUCAGAAUAUUCCCCCUCAUCAGCCCCUCUCCUCAUAGCAAGCCCAUUCAAUUCACCAGACAAUGCAUGAGCCCAAUUGAACGGUUUAAACCCCCGAUUCAAGAUAGUUCAAUCCAGAUUAACCUAUGAAUCAACCUUAUUAUUCUUACCCCAGACUUUAUAUGCAGCCAAGGAUAUCAAUAUCUCGCCUUUGCAAAUGGGUAAUUUCCGUGCGCUGUGCUGGCGCGAAGAAACCCGAGGUUACACAUUUGUAUUGAUAGGUAUAUAUGGACUUAGCUAUCUCAUCUCAUCCUAUUAGCAAAUUAGCCAUUCAAAAUCUUACAUCCAUUCACUCAUCCAUCUACCCAUACCCCGCUCUCUUAUUUCUUCAACGAAGAUUUUCAAUUCCCAUGUCUUGUCUUCUUGAGCAAUCAACACUCACGUAGAAACAAUUGAUAAUACGCUGGAUUGAUCACCAUGAGCAAAUCAUCCAUUACACCUCCAUCUGAUAGUUUCGACGCCACGGAGGCCGAGAAAGUCGAGCACAUUACGACACAUGACAAAGUACCUGGCCAUAUCAACUACUAUGAGAAAAACGGACUCCGAACAUAUGGCGACGAUGAAGAUCAUGAUCACGAGCCCGAAAUGUCUAUGCGACGCUUUAUGAGUCUAGUCGCAAUGGCAUUUUUGUGGACCGGAUCACAGAUUCCUGUGUAUAUCUUCGGAGCCAUUCCACCCUACAUUUAUUCUGAUAUCGGGGGUGUUGACCGGUGGAUAUGGCUUGUCCUUGCAAACCUGCUUGCUUUAGCGGGAGUGUGUCCAUUUGUUGGAAGUCUCUCUGAUAUCCUCGGUCGUCGCUAUGUCGCACUUUUGGGUGCUCUUUUUAUCGUCGUCGGUAUGAUUGUUUGUUCCACCGCUCACACUAUGAAUAUAUUCAUUGGGGGGAUGGCAAUUGCGGGUAUUGGAGCUGGCAUUAAUGAACUCACUGCUUUAGCAGCUACCGCCGAAUUGGCGCCCACCUCAAAGCGUGGAAAAUAUGUGGCCAUUCUCGUUUUCACCAUUCUUCCAUUCUGUCCAUCUGUAAUGUGGGCCCAGCUUAUAGCUUCACAUGGCGGAUGGCGUUGGUGUGGAUUGCUAUGCGGAGUAUGGGCGUUCAUCGGCUUCGCCCUAACUCUCGUUUUUUAUUUCCCCCCUCCUCGAGUCAACUCGAUAGGUCUAUCCAAUCGGGAAAUCAUACAACAGAUUGAUUUCGUGGGGGGUUUCUUGAGUGUAGCAGGAAUGAUUCUAUUCAUGGCUGGCAUGCAAUGGGGUGGCUACCAAUACGACUGGAGUUCAGCACAUGUUCUAGUACCUUUAAUCCUAGGGGCCGCAUUACUGAUUAUUUUCUGUUGUUGGGAAAUAUAUGGGACGAAGUAUCCUAUGUUUCCAUCUCGUUUAAAACAAGCGCCUAGAAUUCUGGCUUUGACACUUGUCAUAACAUUUAUAUCUGGUGCUAAUUUUUUUAGUAUCAUCAUGUUUUGGCCUACUCAGGCUUUCAAUGUAUAUGGACAUGAUCCUAUCGGUGUAGGAGUUAGAGGGAUACCCGUUGGCUUCUCAAUUUUAGCAGGAGCUUGUAUUGUGUUGUGGUUGCUUAGCGUGCUGAAAGGAAGAAAUAAGGAACUGAUGAUUGUGAGCUCGGUGUUCAUGACAGCUGGAUGUGGUGCACUUGCAUGCGCCAACAGACACAACCUGUCAACGCUAUGGGCUCUCCUCAUAAUCGCUGGAUUAGGAAUUGGAGGUAUUGUCGUGCCAGCUUCGAUAAUAACGACAAUAAUAUGUCCCGAUGACUUGAUCGCAACCGUUUCUGCCCUCACCCUCUCGAUCCGAGUCAUUGGUGGUAGCAUAGGUUACUGCAUCUACUACAACGUCUUCGUAAGCAAGUUUGUUCCUGCUGCCACUUUGCAUAUUGGAGGUGUUAUGGCUCGACAACUCAACAUUACAAACAAAACACUUAUAGGAGAAGCUAUUCACUUCACAGCUUCGUCUCUUCUCCCAUUGCUCAAAACAAUUCCAGGAAUUGCAGGGAAUGAAACCGCUUAUCAAAUGGUGGUGGUUGCAGGGCAAGACGCAUAUGCUGAAAGCUAUGUUUACGUCUACUAUGCUAGCACAGCAUUUGGAGCAGUGAGCAUUUUGGCCGCUUGUUUCCUUGGUGACAUCAAUGCAUAUAUGGAUGACCACGUAGCGGUGAUCAUGCAUUGAAGUCUGAGGUUGAAAUUGGCUUUUGGUGGAUAAAGUUCGUCCUUUAGAAGUGCAUGAUCGAGAUAUACGUUUGACGCCUGAUAAAUACAAAACAAUCAGAUUGCA